AUGUUUUGCCACAAAUUAGGCGUGCAAAUUUUAAAUCCAGUAAACAGUACACAAAGUCAAGUGGAGUUCGACCCAGAGAACAAACCACCCCCGCAACCUCCUCCGGACCUCAAGAGGAGGUUCGUGGUACACGCAGAAAAGGACCACUUCGACUUCGUUGCGCACAGACAGAUCAAGAAGCCGACCAAUACACUAGAAUCAACAGGCCAUCUCAUAAAAGGAUGUCUAGGCGGAGGUAUUAUGGGCAUCCACGAGGCCUACAUGAAGAGUGGGCUCUGGACGUCGCUGGUCUUCACCAUCAUCUUCGGAUUCUAUAUCGCGUAUUGUGUUCAUAUACUAGUAAAAUCUGCACAGACCUUGUACAGAAGGUUGCAUAUAACAGAGCUUUCAUAUCCAGAUCUGGCAGAAGCUUCGCUGGAAGUUGGACCUUUUCCUAGCUUAAGGAAAUAUAGCAGAUGGUUCAGGUACGCAGUAGAUUUAGUAAUAUGUUUGGACCUGUUCGGAGCCUGUUGCGUGUAUCAGAUAAUAAUCGCCAAAACAAUCAAAGAAGUGGUAGAAGAGGGCACUCACGAGGUCGGCGACAUGAACCGCCUGCGUCUGUACAUACUCACGCUGCUGGUACCAGUGCUGCUGCUUUGUAUGAUCACCACGCUGAAGUAUCUGGCGCCUUUCUCUUUACUGGCUGAUGUAUUCAUUGUGACGUGUGUAAUAGCGACAGUGGUGUAUGGACUGCAAUCGGCGCCAGCUUUACGCGAAAUGCCUGCUUGGAAAGACGCGAUGGGCUUCUUCGAGUUCUGCGGCAUUGUCAUCUUCAGUAUGGAGGGCAUCGGAGUGUCGCUGCCUAUAGAAAACAAUAUGAAGGAUCCUACGCAGUUCCCCAAAGUUUUGAGCUACGGUAUGAGCAUAGUAGUGAUGUUCCUGAUUCUCGUUGGAUUCUUCGGUUACUGGGGAUUUGGAGAGCAAUCCAUAUCGCCUGUCACUUUAAAUUUUCCCAAUGCAAUAUUCCCAACAAUCCUGAAAUGUCUAAUGGGCAUAAUGAUCUUCAUAACAUUUGCUCUGAACUUCUGGGCUCCAUUUAACCUGGUAUGGUAUUACAUGGCAAAGAAACACGACGCGAGCAAACACUGGAUAUGGGAGCGAGUGUAUCGAGCUAUCUUCGUGGUCAUAAUAACAGCGAUUGCUAUCGCUUUCCCUAAUAUUGGGAAUUUAAUGGGCUUGCUGGGAGCUUUCUGCCUGUCAAACAUGGGCUUCAUAUUCCCGGCUAUGAUAGAACUGCUGGUGAUCUGGGAGACCCCGGGACUGGGAAGGUGGCGAUGGCGGCUUUGGAAGAACGUCUUCGUGAUAUUUCUGGGGGUUUUGUUGUUCGUAGCUGGGACCUACUCCAAUGUUAAGGGGCUAAUAGUUAAUUUGUAAAUAAGUAUUGAUUAAUUAUAAUUAUUGUUAAGAUGA